CAGGAGAAAGACAUGGGCCCGAAGAGUUCCCUGGAGCUGAUGCGGGAGUUUGGCAUCGAGGAGUUUGAGAUGGAGUACAUGGAUGCUGAUUACGAGAGCCUGAUCAACUACAAGCUCUUCUGCCAGCACGUCCGCCCCCUGGUCAUCGAGAACGCCCCGAACUUGCCCAUGACCAAAAUGACCACGCUGCUGGCGUCCCUGUGGCGGGAGUUUGCAGCCAGCAACCCCAAGCGGGGCACCACAAGGCCCCCGCCGCCCCAGCUGAUCAUGUCAUCGCCCGAGGCACCUCCGAAGGAGGCCCCUCCCCCGCCACCACCACCACCAAAGGAGGCGGAGCUUCAAGAGGAGGAGAGGGAGGAGGAGAAAGAGGAGGAGGUAGAAGAGCAGAAGGAGGUCAAGGAAUCUAAAGGUAAGAGUAAAUCAGCCAGCAAAGACAAAUCCAAGGGGAAAAAGAAGAAAGUGGCUCCCCUCAAGAUCAAGAUUGCCGGCCAGUCUGGACGAAAGAGGAAAGCGCACUCAUCGAGCGACAGCGGAAGCAACUUCAGCGAUCAGCUCCCCAGCGACCUGUCAGACGAGGAGGCCAAGAGCGCCCCCUCGGUCCAGUCAGACAGCUCGGCCAGCCGCUCCUCGGCGCGCAAAGCCAAGAAACCCAAGCCCAAGAAGAUGCCCAUCAAGAAGAAGAAGAAAAAGAAGAAAGGCUCAGAGGAAGACGGCUACGAGACUGACCAUCAGGAUUACUGUGAGGUGUGUCAGCAGGGAGGGGAGAUCAUCCUCUGUGAUACCUGCCACCGAGCCUACCAUCUGGUCUGCCUGGACCCAGAGCUGGACGCUGCCCCCGAGGGCAAAUGGAGCUGCCCCCACUGUGAAACGGAGGGAGUGCCCGUGCAGGAAGAAGAACAAGACGAACACAUGGAGUUCUGUCGCGUCUGCAAGGACGGAGGGGAGCUACUGUGCUGUGACCAGUGCCCGUCAUCCUAUCACAUCUUCUGCCUCAAUCCCCCUCUCAAGGAGAUCCCAGACGGGGAAUGGGUCUGCCCACGAUGCUCGUGCGAGCCACCCAGGGGCAAAGUUCAGAAGAUCCUGACCUGGCGUUGGACCUCGCCCCCUGUGAACACGGACCCCCUGGACCCGGAGUGCGGCAGCCCCACCAAGAAGGAGCCCGGCCUGAAACCCACCCGGGAAUUCUUCUGCAAAUUCCACGGCAUGUCCUACUGGCACUGCGACUGGGUCUCGGAGCUACAGAUGGAAGUGUUCCACAUUAUCUUAUACCGUAACUACAGCCGCAAGUUUGACAUGGAGGAGCCUCCUCCUUUGGAAGACGGGGAGACCUACGGAGGCAACUGGCGGCACAAACACGGCAACAAAGGCAACGAUGAGCACCACAUCAACCUGGAGGAGAAGUUCUAUCGCUACGGCGUGGCUCCAGAAUGGCUCCAGAUACAGAGAAUCAUCAACAAACAGGUGCGUCCUCGCUCGGGCAAGACCCUGUAUUUGAUCAAGUGGCGCUCGCUGAACUACGACAACUGUAGCUGGGAACACAACGAUCUACUGGAUGAUAUCCCUGAUGGACCCAAGCACAUCGAUUACUACAACUCACACAAGAGAACCAUGCACACACCGGUGGAAACCAAAGUGAGCAAAAAGAAGAAGGGGGGAAAGGGCAAAAAGUCCAAGAAAGAGGAGAAAGAGGAAGAAGAGGAGAAAAUCGAUCCGAAGAAAAAGUACGAGGAGCAACCGGCCUUCGUCUCGGCCUGCGGAGGCAAUCUCCACGACUACCAGUUGGAAGGACUGAACUGGCUGAGGUACUCCUGGGCUCACCGGCUCAGCUGCAUCCUGGCUGAUGAGAUGGGACUGGGCAAGACCAUCCAGACCAUCGCAUUCCUGUACUCCCUCUAUAAGGAGGGUUUGAGCAAGGGCCCCUUCCUGAUCAGCGCCCCCUUGUCCACCAUUGUCAACUGGGAGAGAGAGUUUGAAUUCUGGGCACCAGACUUCUACGUGGUCACGUACUGCGGUGACAAGGACAGUCGCGCUACCAUCAGAGAGCACGAGUUCUCCUUUGAAGAGGACGCGGUCCGCGGAGGCAAGAAGGCUUACCGGAUGAAGAAAGACAGCGUGGUCAAGUUCCACGUUCUGCUGACGUCGUACGAGUUGGUCACCAUUGAUAACUCCACCCUGCAGUCUGUGGACUGGGACGUUCUGGUGGUGGACGAAGCUCAUCGACUCAAGAACAACCAGUCUAAGUUCUUCAGGGUCUUGUCGGCGUAUACCAUCGGCCACAAGCUGCUGUUGACCGGUACCCCGCUACAGAACAACCUGGAGGAGCUGUUCCAUCUGCUCAACUUCAUGAGCCCUGAUGAAUUCUCAAACCUGCAAGUGUUCCUGGACGAGUUUGAGGACAUCUCCAAGGAGGAUCAGAUCAAGAAGCUGCACGACCUGCUGGGGCCUCACAUGCUGCGACGUCUCAAGGCCGACGUCCUGAAGGGCAUCCCAUCCAAGAGCGAGUUCAUCGUCAGGGUGGACCUCAGCCCCAUGCAGAAGAAAUACUACAAGUACAUUCUGACCAGGAACUUUGAGGCCCUGAACACCAAGGGCGGAGGCAACCACGUCUCCCUCCUCAACGUCAUGAUGGACUUGAAGAAGUGUGCUAACCACCCCUAUCUGUUCCCAACGGCUGCUAUGGAGGCACCGCGCAUGGCCAAUGGUGCCUUUGAGCCCAAGUCCCUGGUCAAGGCCUGCGGUAAACUCAUGCUGCUGGAGAAGAUGCUGGAGAAACUCAAGGUGGAGAACCACAGGGUGCUAAUCUUCUCACAGAUGACGAAGAUGCUGGACAUCCUGGAAGACUUUCUGGAGGGCACCGGUUACAAAUAUGAACGUAUUGAUGGUGGCGUCACUGGUAGCAUGCGACAAGAGGCCAUAGACAGAUUCAAUGCUCCCGGAGCAGAGCAGUUUGUCUUCCUCCUGUCCACCAGGGCUGGAGGGUUGGGCAUCAACCUGGCCACGGCCGACACGGUCGUCAUCUUCGACUCGGACUGGAACCCCCACAAUGACAUCCAGGCCUUCAGCCGCGCCCAUCGCAUCGGCCAGUGCAACAAAGUCAUGAUCUAUCGCUUUGUUACGCGGUUCUCCGUGGAGGAGAGAAUCACGCAGGUUGCCAAGAAGAAGAUGAUGUUGACCCAUUUGGUGGUGCGUCCAGGCCUGGGCUCGGCCGCCAAGGGUGCCAUGUCCAAGAAGGAACUCGACGACAUUCUCAAGUUUGGCACUGAUGAGCUGUUCAAGGAUGAAAUCACCCAAGACGAGGGCAACGAGGGGACCAUCACCUGGGAUGACCGGUCCGUCUCAGACCUCCUGGACCGGACCAAGGAAGGCAUCGAGCAGAAGGACAUGGCCGACGAUUACCUCAACUCCUUCAAGGUGGCUAGCUACGUCAUCAAGGAAGAGGAGGAGGAAGAAGAAGAAGAGGUGGAGACAGAAGUCAUCAAGCAGGAGCUGGAGCCGUCAGACCCAGCCUACUGGGAGAAGCUACUGAGACACCACUACGAGCAGCAGCAAGAGGACCUGGCCCGCACCCUAGGCAAAGGCAAACGCAUCCGCAAGCAGGUCAACUACAACGACGCCGGGCAGGAUGACUCAGGUGGGAUGAGAGGGAAGGGCUGGGACAACAAGAUAAACGACAACUACAGCGACUACUCACACUCGGACAACGAAGAAGAUGAUGAGGACUUUGACGAGAAAGCCGAACUCCGCCCAAGACGACGAGACAGGGACAAGCUUCCCCCACUCCUGGCUAGAGUGGCUGGCUCCAUUGAGGUGCUUGGGUUCAACACCCGUCAGCGCAAGGCUUUCCUGAAUGCCAUUAUGCGUUGGGGCAUGCCGCCCCAAGACCCAUACAACUCACAGUGGCUGGUGAGGGAUCUGCGAGGCAAACCAGAGAAGCAUUUCAAAGCCUACGUUGCUCUGUUCAUGCGUCACCUGUGCGAGCCUGGUUCAGACGGGGCGGACACAUUCGCCGACGGAGUGCCGCGGGAAGGACUGUCCAGACAACACGUACUGACCCGCAUCGGUGUCAUGAGCCUCAUACGCAAAAAGGUGCUAGAGUUUGAGCCUAUCAACGGCAGCAUCAGCGUCCCCGAGCUGGUUCCCAACCCGGGCUCCGUCCUGGACAACUUCAAGUCAGACUCCCGCAAGUCCUCUCGGACGGCCUCCCCGGCUCCGACCCCGGCAAGCACCGAUUCCCCGGUACCCACCCCGCUGGCAACCGCUGCUGCCUCCCCGGCAACCACCGUGGAUUCCUCCAAGCCUGAGGAAAUGGAGGCAGGUACCUCCGAGCAGAAGGAGAAAGACUCGGCUGCUGAGGCCAAGACGACAUCUGAGGCAGACGGGGAGAUACCCGAGGCAGACAAGGAGACAUCCGAAGCAGCCAAGGAGACAUCCGAAGCAGCCAAGGAGACAUCCGAAGCCUCCAAGGAGGAACAGGAACCAGAGACUAAGAAGGAAGAGCAAGACGCCGAGGAGCCGAUGGAGGUGGACAAGAAGAAAGAGGACAAGACCAAGACAGAAGAGGGAGAGGUGACCGAGCCAGACAAGAAACCAAAGGAUGAAGUUGUGGAAGAAAAGCCAGAUGUUACAGAGAAGAGCCCAGCAGAAGAGGAAAAGAUGGAAACGGACGAACCGGAAGCAUCCAAGGAAAAGCCAUCAGAGGAGGCCAAGACGUCCGACGGCGCACAGGCGAAGGAGGAACCGGCUGAUGUGACCCCCAAGACGGAAGACGAAAAGACAGAGGAGCCAGAAGGGGAUGAGAAAGAGGCCACCGUCAAAGAAGAAACGGUCAAAGAAGAAACGGACAAAGAAGAAACGGACAAAGAAGAAGAGGUCAAAGAAGAAAAGGACAAGGAAGAAAAGGACAAAGCUGAUGACAAACAAGGGGAGGCGGAGACGAAGAAAGAAACUACAGAGGUGAAAGAGGAAGCCAAAGACGCAAAGGAAGAGAACGUGGACAAGAAAGACGCCAAGAGCCCGGACGCGCCGAAAGACAGUCCCGCCGAGAAGGACUCGGACUCGGACGUCGUGGAAGUCAAGGACGAGACGGAGAAAAAACCCGCGACCGAGAAAGACGACGCCAAGAAAGAGGAGGCCGUCAAGAAACCGGAGAAGAAGGAAAAGCGGCUGUUUGUCUUCAACAUCGCGGACGGAGGGUUCACCGAGCUGCACACGCUCUGGCUGAACGAGGAGCGGGCCGCCAAGAGUGUAGGGGAGAGGGCCAACGAGAUCUGGCAUCGCAAACAUGACUUCUGGCUGCUCAGCGGCAUCGUCAAACACGGCUACGGUAGAUGGCAGGACAUACAGAACGACCUGUGCUAUGCUAUCAUCAAUGAACCCUUCAAAGUAGACCUGGGCAAAGGCAACUACCUGGAGAUCAAGAACAAGUUCCUGGCUAGGAGAUUCAAGCUCCUAGAGCAGGCCCUAGUCAUCGAGGAGCAGCUACGCCGUGCCGCCUACCUCAACCUAACCCAGGACCCUAACCACCCGGCCAUGGCCCUCAACGCACGCUUUGCUGAGGUGGAAUGCCUGGCCGAGAGCCAUCAACACCUGUCCAAGGAAUCGCUGGCGGGCAACAAGCCUGCUAACGCUGUACUGCACAAAGUCCUCAACCAACUGGAGGAGCUCCUGAGCGACAUGAAAUCGGACGUUGCCCGUCUCCCAGCCACCUUGUCCCGCAUCCCGCCAGUCGUAGCCCGCCUGCAGAUGUCAGAGCGCAGCAUCCUGAGCCGACUGGCCAACCGCGACGGCCACUCUGCUGCACAGGCCCAGCCCCAACAGAUUGCUCAACCUCUGUCUCAAGGGGUUGGCAACAAGACAGCAGGUGGGGCCACGUCCUCUGCGGCCGCCGCGUACGCCAAUUAUGCCAGCAAAGGGGCGGGGUCGGGAGGCAGCUUUGCAGGCGGGAGCCAGCAGGGGCGACGCCCGAUCAUUCAGCAUGGCCCCGCCCAAUUUACCGGGGUCCAGACCAACCAUUUCGGGCAGACCAUCCAGACCAUCCCCCAGGGUAACGUUCAGGUCCUGCCGGACCCUAGCCACACGGUCAUCAUCAAGAACCAGUCUGGUACCCCGUCCACCCAGGCCACGGGAGGCAGCAAUUACUACACCACCAUGCUGAGUAACGCCUCGAGCGCCAUCUCUAAUUCAGUUGUGUUGAGUGGGGACAUGAUGGGUUUGCUACCUGACGCCCCUCAAAAAUCACUCCGAGAAAAACACAAAGGCCAUCAUCAUCGUCAUCAUCACAAGUCAAAGGCCAGGAUGGGAGGCAGAUCAGAUGAUCAUCGAAGGCUGUCCCAGCAUGCGGCUACGUCCCUGGCCAACCUCCAGCAGCUGCGGUCAGCGAUUGCCGCACGCAGCCUGGCCACGUCUGCUGGAGCCUCCACCUCAGCUAAGACUACCAAAGAUUAACCCCUUCCUUAGAAUGGUAGUUACAAAUAGUGAGGUUUUGCAAGCGAACGGAUAUGUCGUCGGGUCGUGUAGUUUUGUGACGUCAUACGCAACUCUCUACAAGGAUAGUGCCCGUUACGGCGUGAAAAGCGUAUUUAAUUGUCAAUUUUCACCCUCUUUUCCAGUAAUAGGCAUGCAACUUUUCAUUGGAUCAGCCGAUUUCCUCU